AUGGCGCAACCACCAGCGAAGCCGGGCCUCGACCGGAUGCCGUGGUACGAGAAGUACCGGCCGACGAAGCUCGACGACCUCGUCUCGCACGACAACAUUGUCAAGUCGAUGCGCAGAUACAUCAAGUCACGUCGCAUGCCCAACAUGAUCUUCUAUGGACCGCCCGGCGCCGGCAAGACGUCAACCAUCCUCUCCAUGGCCCAAGAAGUCUAUACGGCGAAACACGUGUCCGCCUUCGUGCUCGAGCUGAACGCCUCCGAGGAACGCGGCAUCGAAACAAUCCGGCAGCGCGUUCACCCGUUCGCCGCGACGAAAUCGCUGCAUGGCGACAUGAAGAAGAUCAUCAUCCUCGACGAGGCCGACGGCAUGACCAAGGACGCGCAGAAUGCGCUGAAGCGAAUGAUCGAGAAGUAUUCGCGGAACGUUUCCUUCUGCAUCCUGUGCAAUCAUCUCUCCUCGAUCAUUUCCGCCAUUCAAUCGCGAUGCGUAAGGUUCCGGUUCGCUCCAUUGUCCCUCGAAAAAAUUCGGCCGCGCCUGGAGUACAUCAUCGAGACGGAGAAGGUGAAUGUGACGAACGAGGGCAUCGAGGCGCUGUUCGAUGUGUGUGAGGGCGAUAUGCGGCGUGCGCUCAACGUGCUGCAAAGUGCCACGCUGAUCUACGACGUUGUCGACGAGGAGGCAAUCUACAAGGCCGUCGCCCAACCAACGCCCGCUCAUAUCCGCGAUAUUUUCAAGGUGCUGUUGAACGACACGCUGGCUGACUGUUGCCGGAAGCUUCAAGCCGAAUGCGUCUCCAAGUCGAUCGCCGUCGUCGACAUCAUCAAGCGGCUGCACGACGCCGUCUUCGAGCUGGACAUGCCCCCCCAAGUGCACAUCGAGAUCCUGAUGGCGUUGGCCGACGUCGAGAAGCGGCUGUCGAUCGGCGGCUCGGAGAAGGUGCAGCUGGCCGGACUUUGCGCCGCCUUCAUGCAAGCACGUCAUCUAAUCGCCUUGCACGCC